AUGGCGUUCCAUUUGCUGUUCUCUGUGGUGUUGGGUACGCUCCUCCUCCUCCUUCUUCUCUGCGAUGGUCUUGUGGCCCAAGAACACUUUAUUGUCGGAGGUCAGAAUGCCGUCGAGGGUGAUGCUCCGUAUCAGGUGUCGCUGCAAACCCCCGUGGGUAGUCACCUGUGUGGUGGUGCCAUCAUCGCGGAUCGCUGGAUACUCACCGCUGGCCAGUGUGUCAGAGGUUAUCCAGUCAGCCGGCUUCAAGUGGCCACUGGAACUCUUCGGUAUGCGGAGCCUGGAGCUGUGUACUAUCCGGAUGCUAUCUAUCUGCACUGCAAUUACGACACUCCCAAGUACCAGAACGACAUAGGACUGCUGCACUUGAAUGAGACCAUCAUAUUUGAUGCCAAAACGCAGGCAGUGCGUCUCCCGACUUCCCCCUUUCCACAGGGAACCUCGGAGCUGGUGUUUACCGGAUGGGGUGCCCAAUCGGUGGCUGGUAGUCUGCCCUCCCAACUACAACGUGUCCAGCAGCAACAUUUAGGGAGACGGGUCUGUGCAUCCCUACUCUCUGCUUACGAGGAUCUGGAACUAGCUCCUGGUCACCUCUGUGCCUAUCGGCAGGCCAACGUAGGAGCCUGUCACGGCGACUCUGGUGGUCCGCUGGUCCAUAAUAGCACCCUGGUUGGCAUCCUCAACUUCUUUGUGCCGUGUGCUCAGGGCGUGCCGGAUCUAUUUAUGGAUGUCAUGUACUAUAGGGAUUGGAUGCGACAAACGAUGAGUGGCUAUGGCAAGUGUGCGCAGGUCAAUCAACAGACAAUAAUUGGUUAAAUAAAAGCUGCUCAA